AUGUUUAUGUUUGGAGCCCUGGAGGGAGGUCUGGGCGAGAGAUUGCAAUCUGCAAAAGCAGAGGUUUGUGAGCCACAUGUGGUUAGAAACUAGAGUAAGCGGGCAAAAACACAAGAUUUACCCAUCUACAUUUCCCCCCCUUUCUUAUCUGCCACCAUCCAGAUAUGUUGAGGAACAUGGACUUACUCACAUUCGUCCCCUAGUUCCAGAACCCAGCCAGCACUCAGGAAGUUUUUACUGAAUAAAUAUGAACGGCUCAUUUUUAUGCAAGCACAUUUAUCCCAACAAGAAGAUCAUCUAACCAUCCUGGCAUCAUUGAAGGAUAUGGACUCGGGAUUAGAAUACUCCUUUAGCACCUUAGAGCUAUGAAUCGGCCAUCAUCUCUUAUGAGGACCCUGUCUCACUGGCGAGGCUGAAGGAAGCCCAGAUACCAGGCUGUAAUACCGCCCGUGCUCCUUGUGGGGUGGGAAGCUGCGCAGUCUCGGCAGUCUGUGAACCUGACCUGGUCUACCUUGUCUUGGCCAGUGUUUUCCCACUCUCUGGGAUUUAGCUCGCCCUUGGGAUUAAAGGAACGCUUGGACUCUGGUUCUGAGUUAGACUUGGGAAGCAAGCACAGUUAUUAAGUUCUCAACCAAGGAAGCUGCAGUAUGCAAAGUAGUGAACUGGAGCUUUCCUUCUGAUUGGCUGACGGGCCCUGACGUCACAAUCGAGAUGGGUCUAGCCACUCCAAAUGAUAGCGCCUCUAGCCCCCAAAUAACUGACUCAGUUGGUUUCUUGGCUUCCUCUCUGUAGGAGGAGAUGAUGGAAGCCCUCUUUCAAGCAGGGUCCAUCCUUAUGAAGGUGAAUACCUUACAGGGCAGGAAGAUGGUGGAGAGUGCGCUCCAGUCUGGGGACCUUUCCCUGUCUCACUCAUGGCCCUCCUGCCUCCCUCUACCAGCCGACUUGGAGAUCCUGCAGCAGAAAGUGGCCGCGGUGCAAAGGGAGCUGGAGGACUUCAAGAAGGAGGCUCUGAAGGCCAUCAGCUACCUGGAGGACGCCUUCUGCGAGAUGAACGGCGUCCUGGCCCAGCAGGAGGAGCAGGCUGCUCGCGUGAAGCAGCGGCUGAGGGAGGAGGAGGACCGGGGCGUCGUUCGCAACAAGGUGCUCACCUUCCUCCUGCCCCGGGAGAAGCAGCUUCGUGAACACUGCCAGCGGCUGGAGAACAUGCUGGCCAGGAGCCACGACCCGGGGCGAGUCACCAGGAAGAGCCAGGACGAUUGAAGGGCCCGCGCGCAUGCGCCUGGGCUGGAGGGCAACUGGACGAUUUUUGUGUGUGUGUGUGUGUUUUUUUUAAUGGAAGGACAAACGCUAAGUCCCCAUUUAUUCCCUCUCCCCAUUUUUAUUGCUUUCCUGCUACCACCACACAGAGGCAAAAGAAAAAAAAAAAAAAAAAGGAAACAAAUACGGUUUUUUGGGUGAAGUUCCAUUUAUCCAGCUCCUUAAGGAAGGACUUUCACUCCAUCUGCUUCCUGUUUGUAAUGGUACAGUUGCUUGGAUGUGUAGCAUUUUCUCCUGUAUACUCUUAAAACUGGCUGUGUUGAACAGAUUUACCUUUCUUUUAAUGACUCCAGGCUUUCGUGAUUCAUCACUUAACCAUCGGUUUACUGACGCGGGUCAACGUGUGGUCUACACCGUGAGGGGGAUGGCCCACAUCCUGAAACGGCCUCAGAUGGCUGCACUGUGUGAUUCCUGACCUCACUGCUUGUUUUUUCAGGCUGCUGGCGUCCCUGGGCUGUCGUCUGUCUCUUUUCCUGACUGCUUUUGUAGAACUCGGCUUCCUGUCCGUUUAGCCUGUCCCGGUUGCUGCUUGUGGUGGACCUUGCUAGGGCUCUGCCGGGAGAACACACUGACCUCCAGGUGACACCUGGGAGACGCACAAUAAAACAGUGAAAGAGA